AAAUGUGGAGUUUCUGAGAUUGGACAAGAAUUACUGUUAGAAUCUGUAACGAAAGUUCAAUAUUUAAACGCUGCGUCUCUUGCAAGUAAAACAGCUAAGCCUUUAGAUCGUCUCCCAAUUCCUAAGCUUCGUCUUGAUUCUGAAGAUUUAGGUUCCGGUCCUCCAUCGGAACUUACAUUAGAUGAAUCAUUUUUACCAAAGAAGUGCCGUAAUGGAAAUUUAGAAACGACUUUAAUGCAAAGAGAGAAGUUAAAUGUUAGCACAGCUUAUAAAACUCGCUACAUCCUUAAAACAAAUCAAUGUUUGAUUGAAAAUUUUUAUAAAGUUCUGAAGAUCAGUGAUUGGAAUGCUGUCGCUUCAAAUAUGAUUGAAUUAAUGGAACCAAACUUUGACUACCUUCACUCACAUUUGAAUUUUCAAAAACAUGUAAGUGUUGGACGUGUUGAUCAGGAAAUUGAAUAUGAAGACUGCGACAACAUACAAGAAUCAUUGAAGGAGAUUAAAAAAUCUUUUCAAUCUCCAAGUUUUAUUUCAUCAACCCCAAAUAAUUCAUUCAACGCUUUGACCUCGAAAAUUUCAUCAUCGCCAAAAGUCGAUAGCAAAGUUGACAGCUUUUUAGAAUCUUUUGAAAGAACUGCUGGAGAAAACGUUUCUGAUUAUAAUCUCUUAUUAAAUAACUCAAUGAUUAUGUUAUCAAAUAUUGACAUUCAAGAAGAAGUUCCAAGAAAUAAAUCAUCUGAAACACAAAAUGCAAUUGAAGGAUUUACAAAUGAAAGUCAAAACUCUCCAAUUCCAGAUUUGGAUGAAAUUAAAACAAAAUUGGAUCAAGAAGAAUUUUCACAAAAAAAUCCAAUAAUAACCGAAGCAAGAAAAGCAGGAAUUCUAAACCAAAUUGAAGAAAUAAAUUUGCAGCUUCUCGAAGCAAUGACACAACAAAAGCCAAUUGUAUUGAAAGUAAGGAAGAUUAAGAGUUGGCAUGAUUGUACCAUGUCAAAUGAUGUCCUAUCACCAAAAGAGACAAACAUUGAGAUGAAGUCGAUAAGUUUCGGAAAUAAAUUAAGUGAAAAAACAUUCACAAUCGUGACUGUCGUGUUAUGUGAAAUUUACAAGAUGUUACAAAGAAAUCUUACAUGUACGAAACGCGAACUUUAUUAUCGUGACGUCGAGUUAUUUAAAUCACAAGUAAACGUCAAUAAAGCUCUCGAUACAAUUUGUUCAAUGCUGAAUGUCCAAGAAUUUGAGUUGGGAAUUUUCUCAUCUAGUAAAGGAUUAGUAGCGGGGGAUUUAAAAGUUAUCAUUGAAAAUGAAACUUUCGAUUGUUCAACAACAACUCAAAUGAUUCCACAAAAUCCCUCAGCAAUUAAGAAUUUUGAAACAAACGCUAAUUAUGUUUUAAUUGUUGAGAAGGACACGGUGUUUCAAAGAUUGAUCAGUGAUAAUAUUUUUCAAAGAAUUGAAGAUCGAAUUAUAUUAAUCACAGCAAAAGGCUAUCCCGAUGUUAACACGAGAAUAUUUCUCAAGAAAAUGUCUUCGAUAUUGAAGCUUCCGAUGUAUAUUAUCGUUGAUGCUGAUCCACAUGGCUUUGAAAUUAUGUGCACUUAUAAAUUUGGAUCGAUGAUGAAAGUAAGAAAUUCAGAACAAUUAGCUGUGCCAAGUAUCGAAUGGAUUGGCAUACAUCCAAGUGAUAUCGAGGGACAGGAUAUCGUUAAAUGUUGUCUCAGCGAAGCGGAUUUGAAGAAAGUCGACGAGUUACUUCAACGUCCUUACAUCAACUGUUUAAUGCAACUUUUCAACUACAAUCAAUGA